AUGGAGGCACCACCAACUGCCUCAGAGAGGAGACAGGAGGAGGAGGAGGGUGAUGAUGACGGAGGAGAGGAGGGCCCCACCAACAAAAUGGCCCGAAGGUUUACGGCAAAGCUGGUUACCAGGAGAGCUAAAGCCCAGAAGACCGGCGGAGGGCGAGUCCCUCCACUCAGACUGAAGCCCUACGAGCGCCGGCUUCUGGACAUUUUGAGCAAAGAGGGCAGUGAAGGAGUGGACACAGACUGGAGAAUACCGCCGCAAACAUCGCGGCCUGACUCGGACAGUGACCAGGACCAGGACGACGCCGCUCAGCAACCCCAGGAAGAGGGUGAGGCUGAAGAUCCUGAUAGAGCCCCGGAAGCUCAAGAACACCGAGCUGAAAGCCGCGCCCAGUCACCAGCUGUGAUACCUGUGGUGCCCCCCAGACGUCGUGCUGCUGCCACUGCUGCUGCUGCAGCAAUUGGGGGACCACCACAGGAGGAAGGACGGCGACUGGGUGAGCAACCUGCGGCACAACCGGGGCUCGUUGACGCCAUGAUGGCUGCCAUGCAGCCUCUGCUCCACCAGCAGCGCUGCCAGGAACUCUGGAUGAGGCGGUGGAUGGCCCAAAUCCAUACGGAUAUUCGGGAGACCCAGGUGAUCAUCCAUCGUGGAUUCCAGGACCUGGUGGCAGCCCAGCCUCAUCGACCAGGGGGCUCUGCUGAGGGUGAAGUCCCUGGUCCACCUGCUGCUCCCCCUCCACCCCCUUAAGCUCCUCAACAUCGGAGGGAAAGGGGGCAUAGAAGGGGACACUGUCCUGUCCGAGGGGACAAACGUCCCUAGCUCCAGUCUGUGUCAUUUUCCAUCUGACACUGGCCUCUUUGCCUAUUUUUCUCCUGGUAACAAACUUUGCCCUAUUGACGCUUCAGGUAUCACUUUGUCCAUUACCCAGCAAUGGGACUGACUCCCAAACAACACAUACCAUUGUUUACACUGUGCUCCAUUCUCAUCACUGAGGGGUGCCAUUUUAACAUCUAUUGGCACCCUUUCCAAUAACACCUGGAAAAGCACUUCAAAACAUCUAAGUGCAUUUGCUCUAACAUAUGUAUAUAUGUAUGGUGUUAUCAGCACCAAGGUGUGCCAUAUCUAACACCCAUUGGCGCCCUUUCCAAUAACAUCUGGAAAAGCACUUACAAACAUCAAAAAGUGCAUUUGCUCUAACAUAUAUCUAUGGUGAUGCUGCAGUGUUGCCAAACACAUUCACUUGGCCAAAAAAUGUUACAUGUAAGGGUCAAUGAAUUCUAUUGCAAGCAUAUGACUACACUUUUUUAUGGUGUAUUUAUCACUAGUGCAGUGUUGCUUCAAAGGUUCCAUAUGCUAAUC